AAUUAUGAUUAUGUUAGAUUUCACUCAUUUCAUUUAACACUAAACUUAACUACUUUCAAUAAAUGCAUACAAAAAUGCUAAUUUUGCAUGAAUAAUCCUUAGAAAGAAAACCUAUGGAUUUUUUCAAUAUGAACAAUUCCUUAGGUUUAUAUGUAAAUAAAUGCAAUCAGACGCAAAAUUUCUCUCAGUUAAUUAGUUCACCGUCGAUGAUUAUAUCAUUUGGUGUAGCAUCUUCAAUUAAUCUGUGGAUGUUUGGUUCAUGUUUAUUUGUAAUAAUUAUUCUGUCAACCAGUAAGAACAAACGUUUUGAUGCAACACGUAAAUUUCUAAUAAAUUUAGCUGUUAAUGAUAUCGGCUUCGCAGUUUUUUUGAUGCCGAUUUCUAUAUCCUAUAUUAUCUUAAAAGUGAAUUGGAUUCCAUGUCAUAUCAUAUGCCAUUUAUGGAUUAUAUCUGAUGUCUACUUUGGCUCAACAAACAUGUUUAAUCUAGCUGUUAUUGCACUGGAUAGAAUGAUGGCUGUAAAUUAUGCUGUAAGAUAUAAUCAAAUGAUGUCGAACACACGUGUACGCCUAUUAAUCCUACUUAUAUGGAUACUAGCACUUUUAAUUACAACACCGCUUUUUGUCAGUCUCCUUUGGAGUCAGACAACCGCCUCCCAACUCUCCGAAGAAUCUGUAUAUCCCUGUUACUAUGGAAAUAAAUGUUCACAUUAUCCAUGUAGUUUGAUCAAUGUAAGUGUAUAUAUCCGCAUAUUUAUUGUAAUAGGUUCAAUAUAUGUGCCAACUGUUUUAAUAUGCUAUUUUUAUUUUCAUGUAUUCUCUAAAGUUGUUGUAAAUAAGCGAGGAAUCUCAAUUGGCCUAUUAAUUGAUAAUGAAAGAGUAAAUCAUAAAAAAAAUAAUAAAAAAGUUUCCUCUCCAAAAGUCAGUGUAAGUAAGAAUAAUAAUAAUGAGAAUAAAAAUUCUGAUGAUCAAGAAAAUGGCAAUAAUAACAAUGAUAAUAAUAACAGUAGUGACAAUGAUAAAACCAAUAAAACAAACACUAAGUCAUCAAAUUAUGGCCUACUCAGAGUACAUGUUGGCGGUAAACCAUUUAAUAUGAAUCUUCAUACUACAACACCCAAUAUGAACUAUCGUCACAGUAGUAGUACAAAUAUUAAUAAUACUAAUGAUAAUGAUUUACAACAAGAAACAAACUGGAAAAAUAACAAAAACUAUGGUUCAUCAAUAAUUAUUAAUUCAUCAACAAAUAAAUCACCAGAAAAACAACCAAAACUAUGCCUAACUACUGGAUUAGUAAAAAAAGAACGACAUGAAUCUGAUUGUGGUACAUCAACACAUAGAUGUAAUGAUCCAUUUAUAUCAGAUCUAGUUAAAACAAAUUAUAAAUCAAAGAUGAGCAAAAAAAGUUCAAGUACACCAUCUGAAAUGGUAUUCAAAGUGAAUAAAUGUAAAACAGAGGAAAAUAUUAGUAAACAACAACAACAACAAUAUUUGAAGAUAAAAAUUAAAAAUAUAUUACGUAAACACUCAUUUCAUAAUCUGUCAUCAGAUAAAAAUUUAAAGCCGAUCGAUCUAAUGCAAUCAAGACGUUCCACUGGAAAAAAUGAUAAAGAUGCCAAGUUUACUGACUUAAGUACACUACGAAGGUGUGCACUGAUGCCAUUACAUGGAAGUGCAGCUUGUUCAUCUAUCAGUAAUGAAUAUACAUAUUCUACACGAAAUUCUGAAAAUAUAUCAAAUUUGUCUGCAACAUAUAUAACUCCAAGAAAUAGUAAUCCAAUUGAUCAAUCGAUAUUAUCUAGUGAAGUACCCUUAACAUCAGGAUCUAAUAAUAAUCCUAUUAAUUUUAGUAGUUAUGGUAGUGAUCAUAUUUAUGGAUUUAAAAUAAAGCAUACAAUCGAAAUAAAAGCUAUAUGUAUGUUUCUCAUCAAUAUCAGUUCAAUCAUUCUCUGUUGGUUACCAUUUUAUACAUUGAUAUUAUUCACAGAUAUUAUGCCAGAUGUAUGUCUUUCUUUUACAAUUUAUGACUUUUUCUAUUGGUCAAGAUUUUUAUGCAUAGCAUUUAAUCCAAUUAUUUAUGGGUCAGCUUCAGAAGAUCUACGUAAAGCUUUCAAACGAUUCAUUCUACAUUGUGGUAAAGUGAAAAAAGAGAAAAAAGCUCUAAAACGAUUAGUACUAGCUGGUUUAGGCGCAGCUGGUAUCCCAUAUGGGCACAGAAUAAUAAUUCCCCCACAGAGAUGUAAUAGCGGUAAUAGUAGUACUAAUAAUAAGUCAGUUAUACUCAAUAAACCACUGAUGAUACUAACCGAUACAGAAGAGAAAGUAUAAUGUAUGAUUUGUGUGUAUUAUAAUUUCUUUUUCAAAAACGAAGGACUUGAUUAUUUUUAAAUUUGCUUCGCUAAUCAUUUGUAAUAAACACUGUUCAAUGUCCAGUAACAAAGAGUAUAUUGUACAUAUAUAUAAAAUUAUUCUCGUACAAAUUUGAUUCAUUUUCUGGAUAUAACAAUGUGGUUUCACUCAUC